UUUGGCGUCAAUUCUUAUAUAUUGUUUUCUUUACCGUGAUAAAAUUCGUCCCUGUUUCCUCAUCAAAUCUUGUAAUCGGAAAUUUCUAGGGUUUCUGGUUCGAUCAAUCUCUCUCUUUCACAGUCCGGGGUUCGCUGAUACUCGUUGACGAACGCAGCUGGCUGUUUAUGGUUUCCUUUCUGAUAUCUUUCUUCAGCUCUGAAAUGUGAGGGGUAUUGGGUGAGUUCAAAGGUUCUUUCUUUUCCCAAUUUUUAAAGGUUUUUCGCUUCAUCUAUCGGUCGUAUUCACUGAUUCAAUCCUACUGAUGGGUUUGGGUUUUGAUUUAUUUUCCGAGAUUUUGAAAGAAAAAGAAAAUUGUUUUUCUGCUUUGUUUAAUUGAAUGUCAUUUUUUUAAUUUACUGGGUAUAAUGUAGUUGUCCAGUUUUCCGAGUCAAAUUUUUCGUCUGUUUUCACUUGAAAUUUCGUUGUAAAAUAGUGGAACUCUUUUGUUCUUGAUUUUUUUUUCUUUUCUAGGAAACAAAAAGAAAAGGCGUAUUUAGUUGAUUACACUGAAUUUUGUUUUGAGAAAAAAAGAUUUUUUUGUUAUAUAAGAACAACAGAACCCAGAAGUGUGAAUUGCAAUUUCAAUGUACUGAUAGUGUGCUUCUGGGUAAAAGUAGUGUUUACUCUGAAUUGAUGAGGAAGAAGAGGAAAGGUGGCGAGGCUGACCCAUGCCUAGAUCUACCGGAAGGUGUGACAUCAAAGGCGUGCAAUUCAAGAUCAUCGAUCCUUACAUCACAUUAUUCACUAGAGGAUUAUACAAGGUUGAAGAAGCGGUGCAAAGAAGAUGAUGAUGAUGAUGACGAUGAUGCAGGCACUGAACCUGUGGUGUCGCAUAAAAGUAGGCUCGCAGGCAUUGCCACUGCUCCGCCGUGUGGGACUUCGUCUUUGGUUGCUCCAGGAAGAGGUAUCAAGAGGAAGAUAGGGUGUAUAGAUGUUGCUACCCAGAUGGGUAGGAAGAAUAAGAUUGAGGAAGAUUAUGUUUCAGGUGAAACGCUUGGGCAUGGAAAGUUUGGGUCGGUUUGGUUGUGUCAGUCCCGGAUUAGUGGCGCUGAGUAUGCAUGUAAGACUCUGAAAAAAGGGGAGGAGACGGUUCAUAGGGAGGUGGAGAUAAUGCAGCAUUUGUCUGGUCAUCCGGGGGUUGUGACAUUGCAGGCUGUGUAUGAGGAGUCAAAUUGUUUUCAUCUUGUGAUGGAGUUGUGCUCUGGAGGGCGCCUGAUUGAUCAGAUGGUUCAGGAGGUUCAGUAUUCAGAGCACCGGGCUGCUAAUAUAUUCAAGGAAGUGAUGCUAGUUAUCAAGUAUUGUCAUGAUAUGGGGGUUGUACACAGAGACAUAAAGCCUGAGAACAUUCUUCUCACAAAAGCAGGAAAGAUAAAGCUUGCAGAUUUUGGGCUGGCCAUGAGAAUAUCAAAUGGGCAAAAUCUGACUGGUUUGGCUGGAAGUCCGGCUUAUGUUGCACCAGACGUUUUGUUAGGAAAAUAUUCUGAGAAGGUGGAUAUCUGGAGUGCUGGUGUCCUCCUACACGCACUCUUGGUUGGUGUCCUUCCAUUUCAAGGAGACUCCUUAGAAGCAGUUUUUGAAGCAAUCAAGACCGUGAAGCUUGAUUUCCAUACGGGGAUAUGGGAGUCAAUUUCGAAGCCUGCGCGGGAUCUUAUUGGGAGAAUGCUGACAAGGGAUGUUUCAGUACGGAUCACAGCAGAUGAAGUACUGAGGCAUCCAUGGAUAUUGUUUUAUACUGAGCGAACACUAAAGGCACUUCCCAUUAAAUCAAGAUUGAAGAACCAAGCAGGAGCGCCUUGCCCCCCACUUGCCAUUCCACCCAGACUAAAAGCAUGUCUAAACAAGUCAGUAGAUGGCUCUCUCAGUGAAACUUCAGGUCCCCCUUCGUCGUCUGAUAGUUGCAAGUCAGAAGAAGACCAGGAUGAUUGUGGUUUAGUGGAUGCACUUGCCACUGCAGUUUCGCAUGUGAGAAUUUCCGAGCCGAAAAGGAGCAGGCUAUGUGGUCCCAAAGGUCGUCCAAUUGAGCAGCAGUGUUCAUCUAACAUGAAAGCUAACAACCUCUGUAAAGCAUUUUGAUCCUGCUGACAAACUGACACCAUCGAUAUCUCCAUUAUCUCACUCUUCUUUUAAGCUGGGGAAUUGAAAAUAACCUGCCCUGGUGAUUUUCAGUGAGCAAAAGAUAACAAGUUGACAUAUACCGGACCAAGACGGUAAUUUGGGUGUGUCAUUUUAGCAUUGUCUGUGAAAUCAUCCCUCUGCAACUCAUUCUUUCUCUCUCCUUCAUAUUUCCUUACUUUAAUCUAAUAAUGAUUGUAACCUGAUGAACUGAGAGAAUCCAUUGUACAGAAUGUGUAAAUAGAAUGCUGCACUGUAUUAUGAUA